CCCGGAGUGUCUCUGCUGAUAUUCAGAGAUGAGUUUUUCGGGGAAAAGACGUCUCCGUGCUUCUUCCACAAACUCGGUGGACUCGAGCUGAGAGGACCAUCUUUCAAGAUACUUGUACCAGUCCAGAGACAGUCUCCAAAUUGGGAAUAUAUAUGGUAUGGUAGAGAUGUGGAAGAGCGAUACGCUGAAGGCGUCUGUUGCAUAAAGAAAUAUUCCAAAUGUCCUGAUUUUGAGGACGCAGAUCUACUGAGCCGAGAUCGAGUGGCAUCGAAACGAGAUCGAAGUGAGCGCCAAAGUGUACCACCUCCUACCGAGCAUGCCUGUUCUCCGUGGUUCAGCACAAUUUAUCCUUUCCUUCUGGUAGAGAAGCUCACUUUAACAGACAUACAAGACGACUUUCACAUACUGGUCGCCUGG